CGCCCGUCUCUCCCUCUCUAUCUAUCUCUCCCGUCCCUGCGGCAGCGACGUUCUCCUCUCCUAUCUUCACCUUCUCUAGGAAAAUCCAUCUUCCUCCGUCUGCUUCGCCCCCAAAACCCUAACAAUGUCGGGAGGGUUUUUCCGGUUCUAGAUGGUAAUGCGUAAUCGCGUGUUUAGGGUACUUCGGCGGAUCAGGACACUCGGUUCUCGAACAAACAAGCGAAGCUCCUCAAGACGCAGAAGUUUGCUCCGGAGCUGGAGUACCUGGAAAUGUAUCGACCGUCCUAAUUUCGUGUUUCAGGUGGACAUGGCGAAAGUGAAGAUGGAUGUCAUGAAACCUUGGAUUGCCACCAGGGUGACUGAGCUUCUAGGGUUUGAAGAUGAAGUUCUCAUCAACUUCAUAUACGGACUUCUGGAUGGGAAGGAGGUUAAUGGAAAGGAAGUUCAGAUACAACUAACAGGGUUUAUGGAGAAAAAUACUGGCAAGUUUAUGAAAGAACUCUGGACUCUUCUUCUCAGUGCCCAGAAAAAUACAAGCGGUGUACCUCAGCAGUUCUUAGAUGCCAAAGAGGAAGAAUCUCGGAAGAAGCAGGUUGAAGCCAACCGUAUUGCUGACGAAAUUCGGAAGAAUAGAGACAAGGAAAGUAGAGAAUUUGAAGAGGAGAAAUCAAAGAGGAUGGACGGUGUGGUAGAGAUGAAGGCUUCAAAUGAUGCCUUGGAGAAGGACUUCAUAUCUUCAAGGGCCUCAAAUGUUCGUCGGGAUGAUAGAAAUAAUAACGGAAGGAGGGGUGCUUCAAGAAGAAGCCAUGAAGUUUUGAGAUCUCAUUCGGCGGACCAUUCCUCUUCACCCCUUCGAGCUUCACCUUCUAGGUCAAACAGCAAGUCAUUUUCUAAAUCCAGGAGUUAUUCAGAUGAAAGACGCAGGUCCAGGAGUAUCUCUGCAUCACGAGAAAGACGAAGCCGUUCAGUUUCUUCUGGUAAGGGGUAUCGUGCUCCUCGAAGAAGGUCUAUGACACCUCGUCGGAGGUAUUCUCCUAGAAGAUCCCAAUCUCCAAGACGAGGAGCGUAUUAUUACAGGCGAAGAUCAAUAUCUCUGAAUCGCAGAUCACCAUCUCCUGUAAGGCGGAGGUUGCAUUCACCUCCUCGACAUAGAUCACGUUCUCCAGUAAAGCGUAGAUCACUGACCCCUGUACGCCGUCGAAGAUCUCCAUCUCCUGUACGGCGUCGUAGAUCUCCAUCUCCUGUCCGGCGUGGGUCCCCUUCUUUUGAGAGACGAAGAUCACCACCUCUGUUGCAACGUAGAUCUUCCCUUGUCCGACGUAGAUCACCCUCUCCAGUACGAAGGAGGUCACCGUCUCCUGCACGGAGGAGGUUGCCCUCUCCUGUUCGAAGAAGGUUGCCUUUUCCCGCACGACACAGAUCACCGUCUCCCAGGCAUCGUAUAUCGCCUUCACCCGUGUCUCGCAGGUCAUCUCCUGUCCGUCACUUAUCAACUUCACCUAUGCAUCGCAAAUCAUCUCCUCCGGUACGCCAUGGGACCCCAUCCCCUGUACGAGAGCGGCUACGGAGAUCUCAAUCGAUUUCAGGGCAAAGGUCUCCAUCUCCACGGCAACGAAGAUCGCCCUUAUCUGUUCGCAGGAAAUCAAUGACCCCUCCACCCCAGAGGACAUCUCAUGAGUCAAACUCUGCAUCUCCGAUUGGUCAUAGAUCUCCGUCCUUGCUGAAGAGAUCUCCUCCAUAUGGAAGAUCGCCUGCUGGAUCUACUAGGGAAAGAAUGAGGUCACCGAGUCCAUAUGAGAGUCCUGUAAAGCAAGCUAGGAAUGUCCGGAGACGAAGCAGGAGCCCACUCAAGCAAGUUAAAAAUCGGGUCAAUAAUGAUGACGUUUCUAUUUCACUGCGAUCGAGAGAACGUAGGUCACAUCAAGAAAGCCCAGAUAAAAGUAAUGAGAGGGGAAUCAAUAACAACAAUCGGGAAAGUAGGGAUCGUGCUCUCAAGCCUAGAGAUAAAAGAUCUAUGAACUCAUCCUCUUUCAGUAAACAGGGAGACUCACCCAUGAAGGUGCAUGACAAGGACAUUUCUCCUCCUGAAAGAGCAGCUGGAGAUCAUUCUAUUGGCUCUAAGGGCCAUUCUGAUGGCUUGGAUGUUCGAAACAGAGACCAGGAGAGAAUGAGGGAAAAGCCCUCUGGAAAGGGAGUGCUGCCACCUUCACUGAACAAAGAAUCUGGUGAGAAGCUACAGACAUCUCACUCCGUUGAAGGUAGAAAAUCUGAUGAUAGGAAUCGUUCUCGAGAUGGUAUUCAACGGCAUAGAUCUGAAGUCACACAAAGAUCUGUGGAGAAGGUUGAUCAUAGUAAACACAGCAGCUUGUCUGAAACAGGUUCUGAGGAAAGUGAUAAGCACAUUAAUGAACGCAAGGAGAAGAAAAGGCACAAAAGAUUAGAUAAGCGAGAAAAAGAUUCAGAUGAUAAUAGCUAUGAUUCUGAGAUAGAAAAUCGGAAGGAGACUAAAAGGAGGAGGAAAGAAGAGAAAAAAAUGAGGAAGGAGGAGAGACGUCGGCGUCGAGAGGAGAGACGUCGCAGACGUGAAGAACGGCGUGCAGAAAAGAUGAGAAUGAAGAAAGAAGAUAUUGUCUUAUCUGAUUAUGGAAAGCACUCCAGAGAUGCAUCCUCCUUGGAUGAUGAAGAUGUUGACAGAAAGGCGUACCGUUCGUAUGAUGAAGAAGCAGAUACUAAGCAAAAGAAACUGGAGAUUGAGCUACGAAUGAAGGCUCUUGAGUCGUUUAAGGCAAAGAAGGGCAUAGUUAAUCGAUAAAUGAGGUUCCUCAGCUAUUCUGUUGAUGCGACUUUAAUCAGGCAUUGCCGCUAGAUUUUCUGAUGAAAAAAUAUUCAACUUUGAUGACUUGGUUGAGCAGAACAUUGCGCAGAUCAUCAUUCUGAACAUCAACUCAGGUGAUGUAUUUACAUCUUUCUCUGGGUUCAUUUAGGAUGUUGUUUUCAACACUGAGAAGUUCAUAUAUUUAUAUGCCCACUUCUCUUAUGAUUGGUCGGGAGUAUUUUUGUAGAUUAUGUUUCUUACCUUCCUGCCUGUGUUGAGGUGGACAUCAUGCCUUCUAGGAUGUCUAGAUUCCUGAGAACUCUGUUUUUCUCUUUUGGCGUGGCCCUACAAUAGAAAUUUGGUGUUGAAGUCCUGGAGAUACCCCAAUUAACUGAGGAAAUGUUAAGUUCUUAAAACCUGACAUGUACUCAAGCAGUUUUCUACUGAUACAAGAACUUUUACUAUUCUCGUUGGUUAUAGUAAGUGUCGAACUAUGCUCUUGAUAGAAAUAUUGUUCUCAGAGGUGUAUAAGAGGCAAAAUUGUGUUAAUAGUGCGAUUAGUGUUGCAACAAUUCCAUAUCAACUAUUAACUACUUGGUCUUAUUUCAUUUCUUCAUGAGCUUGGAUGUGGCAAUCCAUUCCAUGGCGACUCUGAAGCAUUUCGUUUAAAGUUUGUAGAAGCAGCUUACAUAAUCUAUUGCAACAAUAUUGGUAUGCCUUACUACCUUUGCUCCCUUUUGCUAAUGUGUAAAUGGAGGUAAUGAUGUGUAAUGUGGGUUCUAUCACUUUUUCUGGGUGGAUAUGUAGUAGAUUGAGAAUAGAGUUCAGUAAACAAUGGAUGAGUGGCCUUUUGUAGCUAGGACGAGCCUUCUCUUUUUCCGUGGUGCUUUGUGUUCUGAGUACUCAUUCGUUGAGUUUUGCUACAGGUUUUUUCUUUG